UUCCAUGGUGCCCGCCUCAGCCCCUGGUCUCUCUGCUUCCCCUUCGGCCUGAGCGCCGGGAACGGGAAGGCAGGCGACGGAACCCAUCAGCGACGUAGCCGCCGCCAGGGGAGGGAUCUGGCAAGCACAUGACGCUAUAGGCGAGCGCACCGACAUCUCUAUGAUGCCCAGCGCUCUAGCGCGCCGCUCCCGAGCGUCAGGGAGGACGAUGGCCCUUUAAUCCGUGGAGGGCGGUGCCGAGGAGGUCCCGCGAGAGCUGCGGGGGGCGGGGGGCGGUGCCGAGGCUGGGGGCCUGUGGCGGAUGGAGCCAGCUAUGGAGCCGGAGACUCUGGAGGCGCGAAUCAAGGCAGCUUCUUACCAGUCAAGCUUCCACCGCAGCUCCCUGUCCCAGGGGAUCCUCAGCCCUCACAUCCCUGGACUCUGCCCCCUGGAAGACAGAGCCACAAACCCCCUGAACAAGGAGCUGAACUGGGCCAGCAUCAACGGUUUCUGCGAGCAGCUCAACGAGGACUUUGAGGGGCCUCCACUUGCCACCCGGCUGCUGGCCCACAAGAUCCAGUCCCCACAGGAGUGGGAGUCAAUCCAGGCCCUGACGGUGCUGGAAACAUGCAUGAAGACCUGCGGCAAGAGGUUCCAUGAUGAGGUGGGCAAGUUCCGCUUCCUGAACGAGCUCAUCAAGGUUGUGUCCCCCAAGUACCUGGGCUCCCGGACGUCAGAGAAGGUGAAGAACAAGGUCUUAGAGCUGCUGUACAGCUGGACAGUUGGCCUGCCCGAGGAGGUGAAGAUCACAGAGGCCUACCAGAUGCUGAAGAAGCAGGGCAUUGUGAAGUCCGACCCCAGGCUUCCGGAGGAUGCCAUCUUUCCCCAGCCUCCUCCGAGGCCCAAGAACAUGAUCUUUGAAGAUGAAGAGAAGUCCAAGAUGCUGGCACGCCUGCUGAAGAGCUCCCACCCCGAGGACCUCCGUGCGGCCAACAAGCUCAUCAAGGAGAUGGUGCAGGAGGACCAGAAGCGGAUGGAGAAGAUCUCGAAGCGGGUGAACGCCAUUGAGGAGGUGAACAAUAAUGUGAAGCUGCUGACAGAGAUGGUGAUGAACCACAGCCAGGGCAGUGCAGCGGCAGCCAGCAGCAGCGAGGACCUCAUGAAGGAACUGUACCAGCGCUGUGAGCGGAUGCGGCCCACGCUGUUCCGAUUGGCCAGCGACACAGAAGACAAUGAUGAGGCCUUAGCGGAGAUCCUGCAGGCCAAUGACAACCUCACCCAGGUGAUCAACCUGUACAAGCAGCUGGUGCGGGGUGAGGAGGUCAACGGCGACACCACGGCUGGCUCCAUUCCUGGGAGCACCUCGGCCCUGCUGGACCUCUCAGGCCUGGAUUUCCCUCCUGCAGGCACCACCUAUCCAGCCAUGCCCACCCUCCCUGGCGACCAAGCCAGUCCCAAGCAGCCCACCGCCUCAGUUUCCUUGCUUGAUGACGAGCUCAUGUCUCUGGGCCUGAGUGACCCCACGCCCCCUGCAGGCCCCAGUUUGGACGGGGCUGGAUGGAACAGCUUCCAGUCCUCGGAUGGCGCUGAGCCCCCAGUCCCCACUCCGGCCCAGGCCCCCAGCACGGACAGCCAGCCCAUGGCACAGAGCGGCGGCCUGGAUGACCUGGACCUCCUGGGGAAGACCCUCCUGCAGCAGUCGUUGCCGCCUGAGGCCCAGCAAGUGCGGUGGGAGAAGCAGCAGCCGGCCCCCCGGCUCACACUGCGAGACCUGCAGAACAAGAGCACCUGCGCCUCAUCCAGCUCGGGUCCUGCCAGCCUCCUCCACGCCGGGUCCCCAGAGCCUCCGGGACCCCUGCAGCAGCCUGUGCCCACCGAGCUCUCCCUGGCCAGCGUCACUGUGCCCCUGGAGUCCAUCAAACCCAGCAGCAUCUUGCCUGUGACCGUGUAUGACCAGCACGGCUUCCGUGUCCUCUUCCACUUCGCCCGAGACCCGCUGCCAGGGCGCUCAGACGUGCUGGUGGUGGUGGUUUCUAUGUUGAGCACCGCUCCGCAGCCCAUCCGCAACAUCGUUUUCCAGUCAGCUGUCCCCAAGGUCAUGAAGGUGAAGCUCCAGCCACCAUCAGGCACAGAGCUGCCUGCGUUCAACCCCAUCGUCCAUCCCUCAGCCAUUACCCAGGUCCUGCUCCUCGCCAACCCCCAGAAGAUAUUGUCGGCACCUGCUGGAGAGUAGCCCAGCUCUUCCACUCCCCAGCAGAUGAAGGACCCCUUGCCGGCCACACUGCAGGUGCAGGAUGAGGGCUUCUCCAAGUUGGCUGAAGGACGAGAUGGACCAACUGACCACAUCCUGUUCCCUGCAGAGUGCCCACCUGGGGUCGCCUCAUCGUUGACUACUGAGUUUGGAGUCUGGGUGCUACGUGACUUUGAGCAGAGUGCUUCCUUUUCUGGUCUUUAUUCAGUUCCUUGUCUGAAAGGCACAGGGUAAGGUCCCCCUGAAGAGUUCUGGGCAGAAGGGCUCAGGCUGCUACAAUCUGGGUCACUUGCCCUCCCCUCGUCCUAACCCAUCACUGUCACGCCAGUGCUCUUGAACAGCCCUGUACCAUGCACGCCCUGACCUUCCCCAAAGCUGCCUAUUCAGACAGGUCUGGAGUUAGGGGUCAGGCUGGGCUCCCCUGGGGAGCUGCAUUUUCUGUCCCUUGAAAGGUGACCGCCACCACAUGCUGAGGGCGUCAGGACUUCCCAGACCUCAUAGCCACAUGUCCAUCUCUACUUGUCUGGCCAGGGCCAGAUGUUUAUUUUUUAGUAACCGCAGCACACCAUGCUCAUAUGUUCAAGGAAGCCAGAAGCGACACAGAAGCCUCUCCUGGCCCAGGGAUCCCACCUGUGCCCUCCCCUGAUCUCUGCAGGUUCCAGCCAGCCCUGCUCUGCAAGUAGUCAAGGGGAGCCUGACCUGGCCCAUAGCCACAUCUCCCUGCAGCUCCCCAUUAAUGCAUAGAACCACACUGAGAAAAUGCAAAAAGCUGAGGCUCUGGGUGUUAAGUGCUGGAGGCAGACAGUGCAGGGCAGAGUGGGGACCAGCAGUCUCAGGGAGUGGUGUCCACUGUGGUGGCGCGCUGCUUCUGCCAUCCAGCCACCCAUCAUCACCACCAGCCCUCUGCCUGCCAGGCCUGUGCUCCUCCAGACUGGGGUCCAGAGCACACACUCCCCCAGGGCCACCAGGACUGUGCCUCAGCCCUGUGCCAGGCCUUUGGGAAACUCCUGUUGGCUUGGGGAGGGGCCAAGGGAGCUCCAGAGUCCCAGAAAGCACACCUGCCCAAGCUGCUGCAUUUGGACACUGCCAUUGGGAGGGCAGUGCCAGUAUGGCCAUAGACUAGCAAUGUGUCAGCCCGCCUAAGAAGUGUUGACUGCUGCCACCACCUCUGCAUCACCACUGGCUGCCCUGCCCACAUCCUGCUCAGGCUUCACCAGCAGCAGCUACCCAGAGUGUGAAAAUUUUUCACAGACAAAUCCAUGCCAAGGCUGCUGGGCCCCUCCCAGUGGCCAUGGGUUAAGACAGGGAGCAUUAAUAGCAUUCCAGGCAGUGCUUUCUGGCACAGUGGGAAGGGACACUGGGCUUGAGGGCUGUCAGAUCUGCCUGCUGGCUUGGCCACCACUUAGCCAGCUGGGGGCCUGGGCCAGCAGCCUAGGUCUGCUCACCUGUAAAAUGGGGACAAAGAUACCUCACUAGAGGACAAGCUAAGACAAAUGACAGUAAGUCCUUUUGUCCCAGGGUGCCCCAGACACAUUUUGAGCAUAGCUGAGGUAGGAAUGGGAGUAAAAGGUCUUUCCUUUCCUGACUUGACUGAAUAUUGAGUAAACAAGAAAUAGUGACAGGUACUUUUUUAAGCAUCUUAUGCCUUUGUCUUAGUUACUUUUCUCUUAUUGCUAAGACAAAAUACCCGACAUCCAAAGUUAAAGGGGGAAAGGUUUAUUUAGCUUGCAGUUUGUAGAGGUUUCGGUCCAUAAUCACCUGGCUCCAAGGCAGGGCUUGGCAGAGAGGCAUUCAGAGAAUUUCGUGGCAAGCAGAAGACAGCAAAUCCAACAAGAGAGGAGGAGGAGCCCUCAACAGAAUCUUUCUGCCCCUUUUAUCUUAUGCAGAUUACUUAGGUCCAGCAGCACUCACUCCCUCAAUCCUAGUGCCCUUGAGCCUAGCACUGCACCAUAAAUCAAUUCCAGAAAAAGCCCCACUGACUGGAUGAGGCUUUGGGGUGGGAGAGCAUCAAGACACAAGCCAGG